CUUGAAGGGUCAUGUAUAAACAGAGCUGCUUUAUACCUAGAAACAAGACAGCUGCCUUACAUUCUAUGAGGCGUGUCUGUAGAGAUACAGAACAUUUGAGGCAAAGAUAAGUACUCGAUACUCGGUUUCUUGUCUUGACUAGAGAACAGACUUGUAGGGCCAGAUGUCUGCUAAAGUCGAUUUAAUGAAGAGAAGAUCGUGGGUGAAAAGGAUAGGGGAUUAUUUUGAUGCGUUAGACCUCAACCAAAACGGUUUUUUAACUCUAGACGAAUUCUUACAGCUGGCGGAGAAUUUGCAAACUAUGUGCAAGGCCACCCCUUCGGAGAUCACAAAUUUACGCAUCGAACUUCGUCAGUUCUGGGGCGCAGUGGGUUUCAUGCCAGGACAGAAAAUCACAAAGACCCAGUUUACUGAAGGAUUCAACCGUCUCGCGCGAGAUGAAGUGGAACGGAAGGAGGCAGGCGACAAAGCCUUGCUCGAACAACUAACCGACGCCUUCUUUAACAUCAUGGAUGUGAACAACGAUGGCACGGUCACUUUGGAUGAACUAAAGAUUUUUAUGAAAGCUCGUGGUUUGGAUCCAAAUGGAGCCGAGGCUUGGUUUAAAUUAGCUGACCGAGACAGGAAUGGCAAAGUGGAACGACAAGAACUCUUCAGGUACGAGUUUGAUUUCUGGUUCCGACCCGAUCACGCAAGCAGCAAAAUGUUCGGUGGAAGCUAUUCAGGUUAUGACUGAGAUGUCUUUCGAUCUCAAUCCGGCUUCUUCAACUCUUGCGAGAUUUGAAAUGUCUUUCUAAUCUAUAAAUAUGGUUAUUCGUUUUGAUCCACUGAGUCGAUAAUGGAAAUUGGCCACCGCUUUAGAAACUUUCUACGGUGGCCAGUUCAGCCGCCGGGCCUAAAACCAAAUUAUCUUGUAUUGCCCCCAACGACGCAGCACCACGGUUUCUUAUGACACUUACUCUCUUGAUUCUAUCAGUACUCUUUAUGAAAGAAUUUACAUGUGUUCUGUGAUCUUCAUGGUCAGGCUCUAUCAUGCGAAGAAACAUUUUGAAGAAAAUAAAAACAUGGAGAAGUUUAGAAUA